UUUACACCAUUUUUGUUUAUGGUGUUGUGUUGUCUUAUCAGUAGUGAUAAAAGUUGAAGGUUAGGUGAGAUUAGAAGUGAGAUAUACCAACUGGAGUCAAAUUUUUACCUCGAUACAAGGAUGAAUUUGAAAAAUAACAUAAUGUCUCUUAUGUUACCAGUAAGAUUAGUUUAAUUUGUGUUUUUCAUCAAUUUCUAUUAGUUACAUUCUAAGUUACAUAUAAAUACAGGAUACAUUUAGUUAAAAUUGAGAAGUUUUUACAAGAUAAUAGUGUUAAAUUGUUAUAUAAUUUCCAUUAUGCUACUACUGAGAAGGAAAGUAUUGAGCAUUUGUAAUAGUUGUGUAUGCAAAAGAAAUUAUCAUAACAGAACUGCUGUUUAUGGCUUUCGCCCAAAGGAUUCUGGCAGCUUUAAAUUAAGUUCAGAAAUAAUUAAAGCUAGAUGCAAAGAGAGUCAACUUUACCAAUUAAUUAGUGCAUAUAGAGAACAUGGCCAUAAGCGAGCAGAUAUCAAUCCAGUUGAUUUUACAAGAAAACCAAGGGAAGUGCCUGAACUGGAUCCUUCAAGAUAUGGGUUAACAAAUGAUAGAACUUACAGUUUUGAAGGACUUCUUUCCACUACACAAAGAAAAGGAAGUUUAUCUGAAGCUAUUGAGUUUCUUAAUCAAGUCUACUGUGGAAGUAUUGGUGGCGAAUUUGAAUACUUGCAAGAAGAAGAAGAAAGAGUAUGGUUUGCAAAUCGUCUGGAAGAACUCAAGAAUGAACCGGUAAACAAAGACUUUGAAAAAAUGCUUGCAUUAGAAAUGUUGAAGUGUCAAGCGUUUGAUCAUUUCAUGGCAAAAAAAUUUGUAUCCUUGAAGCGAUAUGGUGCAGAAGGUGCAGAGUCCCUAGUUGCAUUCUUCCUCCAGUUUUUUAAAUCUUGUGUUCAAGGAAAAGUCACUGAACUCAUUAUUGGGAUGCCACACAGAGGGAGAUUGAAUCUACUGAUUAACCAUCUUCAUCUUCCACCAGAGCUACUUUUCAGAAAACUGUUAGGAAAGUCAGAGUUUCCAGACACGGCUAAAGCUUCUGGAGAUGUGAUAAGUCACUUGAUCUGUUCAACCGAGAUAAAUGUGGAUGGGAAACUGCUCCAGGUUACCUCACUACAUAACCCUUCACACCUAGAGGCAGUCAACCCUGUAUCCAUGGGCAAAACAAGAUGUAGACAUUUAGAGCUGGGUGAGGGAGAGUAUGGCAUCAGCAGUUGGUCUGACAAGGUUGUUAAUCUGCAGGUACACGGAGAUGGUGCAAUAGCCGGUCAGGGUAUCAACCAAGAGACACUACUGAUGAGUCGACUUCCUCAUUUCGAGGUGGGUGGGAGUGUCCAUCUGAUAGUCAACAAUCAGGUGGCUUUCACCACCCCAUCAGAACGGAGCCGAGGCACUCCAUACUGCUCCGACAUCGCAAAACUCAUAGCUGCUCCUGUUGUUCAUGUUAAUGGCGAUGUUCUUGAGGAUGUGAUUAGAGCUACUCAGCUGGUGACGGAGUACCAGAGGAAGUUCAGAAAGGAUGUGUUUCUGGACCUGAAUUGUUAUCGCCAGAGGGGACACAACGAACUAGAUGACCCAACAUUCACAAACCCCAGACUGUAUGAAGUGAUACACAAACGAAGUACAAUACCAGACAAAACCGCAGCUCAGCUCAAGGAGGCAGGAGUGUUGAGUGAUCAGGAAGUGGAGGAGGCGCUGGCUAGCUACACUGAGUGGCUCAACCAGUGUUUACAGAAAGCAGAUUCCUAUACACCUGAAGAGAGCUAUUUUGGUGUUCACUGGAGGGGGUUCAGCCAGGCACCUGCAGCUAUCACAACUUGGGAUACUGGUUGUGACACAAACCUGCUCAGAUACAUUGCCAUCAAGUCUGUCAGCUACCCUGAGCAUUUUAUAAUUCACCCAACGCUUCUGAAAAACCAUGUUAAAGGAAGAUUGAAGAGGAUUAAUGAAGGCCUGGACAUUGACUGGAGUACAGCUGAAGCAAUGGCAUGGGGAAGUCUCAUUUAUGAAGGUUACAAUGUCAGAAUUAGUGGACAAGAUGUUGGGCGAGGCACAUUUUCUCACAGACACGUGAUGCUGGUUGACCAGGAGACCAAUGACAUGCACAUUCCUCUCAACAACCUAGCAGAAGGCCAAGCCACAUUCUUGGAGAUUGCUAACAGCCACUUGUCCGAGGAAGCGGUGCUGGGGUUCGAGUAUGGAAUGAGUAUCGAGAGCCCCAAACAUCUCAUCAUCUGGGAGGCGCAGUUUGGGGACUUCUUCAAUGGUGCUCAGAUCCAUAUUGAUACGUUUGUGUCUUCGGGCGAGACGAAGUGGAUGAGAUGCAGUGGUCUGGUGAUGAUGCUGCCACACGGUUAUGAUGGCGCAGGUCCAGAGCAUAGCUCAUGUCGACUGGAACGUUUUCUCCAGCUGUCAGACUCCAGUGAGACUGAGGUGGAUGGGGAAGAUGUCAACUGGCACAUUGUUAACCCCACCACACCAGCUCAGUAUUUCCAUCUUCUGAGGAGACAGAUGGUGCGUAACUACCGAAAACCAUUGAUUCUUGUGUCACCAAAAAUUCUGAUUCGAGAUCCAGAAGCGACUUCUGCUCUUAGUCUUUUUGCACCUGGAAGUAGAUUUCAGCCUGUCAUUGGUGAUGCUAGUAUCAGAGCCCCUGAUAAAGUAAACAAAGUGCUGUUUGUGUGUGGGAAACAUUACUACGCUCUGAGAAGACAGAGAGAAGAGCUGGGUUUGCAAGAUGUUGCUAUCAUUCGUGUGGAGGAGCUCUGCCCAUUCCCCACCUACUACCUACAACAAGAGGCUGACAAAUUUACUAAUGCCAAACAUUUCAUUUGGUGUCAAGAAGAGCACCAGAAUAUGGGAGCUUGGACCUUCUGUAAAACACGGUUUGAAAAUCUUCUUGGUAGAAAGUUGAAGUACUGUGGCAGAGGUCCUCUAGCAACGCCUGCUGUGGGUAUCAGCAACGUUCAUAAGAAAGAAGUGGAACACGUCAUCAAACACCCAUUUCAGAUGGAUUGAGGCUUAUAUUUUUGUUAAUUCAUGUAGAUUUAGGGUAUAGAGUUUAUCAAAUUCAGUAUAUACUUUACUUGAUUUAAUCGUAAAAUGAAAAAAAUUAUUUUAACUUGUGUAGGCUGUUUAUCAUAUAGGUAGGGAGGAAGUGCCAUUCCCUUCUUAACCUUAUUCUGCUUGUUCCCAUGGUCUAUGGUGAGGAUCUUAUCCAACAGACUAAGUUAAAGAUUGUUAACAAUCUGCCUAAUCUGCAGCUGGCAACAGUUCGUGGCCAUAGUGAUGCGAUAAUUCAUAAAAAGCAAAUUCAUUAUCAUUAUCCCUAAUUUCUAUUAUUACUAUGUAACAUUAAAACUAAAUAAAUCAAUCAAACUUAAUAAAAUAAGAAAAAAAUAGUUAUGAGUAAUAGCAUAACCAUGCAGAAACAAUAUACAUAACUUCUAUAUAUAUAUUUUUUCAACAAAAAUGUGUCAAUAUUUGCAAGUUUUAAUUCAUUUAACAUUUUAACUGAAAUGUGUACAUAGACUAUAAAUAACAAUAAAAAGUAAACAUAAGAAGUGACAUUACGGCCAAUGCAGGUCUUGGGAGCUGAGACGGAAUCCACCAUCAUAUUUCAGAUUAAGAGGGAAAAUAGCUCUGCUCUGUAUGUAUGUAUGUAUAUAUAUAUAUAUAUAUAUAUAUAUAUAUAUACAAAUUAAUGCUUAUUUGUAUAUUCAAGCAAUGUGUAUAGUGGAAUUAAGUAAUCAAUUGCUCAUAUAUGGCUUUAAUUUUUACUAUGGAUCUCUCUGAACUUUAUACAGAGUAAAAAUAAGACUGAUUCACUGUUACUGAUUGUUACUAUUGUAAGAUGUAUCAGAACAAAAAUCAUUAUUCUAAAUUAACUCCAACUUAACUCAGAAGUUUAUAUUUAUACUAAUCAAUUCAUUGUUAGUUGUUUUUGAUACUUUUGGUAAUGUAAAUUUAUAGGGAUUCUUAUUCAUCAUGUUAUAUGUUAAUGUUUACAAAUAUAAAAUAUAUUUUAAAAUGUU